CGAAACUUGUAGAAUGAUGGAAUAAAUGGGAUGUUAUGUCAAAACAAACAGAUGAUUUGGAUCAGAUUGAGUUUUAUACCUCAUAAUGAAUAAUUGAAUCUGCUCAAUUAUCCUUUAUUUACAAAUUAACCCAAUCUUUGUCGGCUUCUUCACUGUAUUUUAAUUUUGCACACCCCCAAUUCCAACCUCAAUCUAGGGUUUUCUAAUUCCAUGGCUUCUGCUGCUUCUUCUUCGUCGUCGAGAAUGUCGUGCUUCCAGUGCCAGGAUUCCACCUUCAAUCCCGCCAAUUCCAGAAACGGCUGGCGCCUCCGCAGUGGCGACUUCGCUCCACUCUGCCCCCGCUGCGCUUGUUUAUAUGAUGAUGGAAGGUUCUGCGAGACCUUCCAUUCAAAUGAUGAUGGUUGGAGGGACUGUGGAUCUUGUGGCAAGCUAGUUCACUGUGGAUGCAUCGUAUCUUUCGGCACUCAUUUGCUCUUGGACUUUGGUGGUGUGAUAUGCAUGGAGUGCUCAAGGUUGAAUUUUCUAUUGGCACGUAAGCGAUGUCUCUCUCUCGAACCUGAGGUAAGAGCUAGAGAUCCUCGUCAGGAAUCAUCUGGGCAAGCCCCAGUUGAAGCCCAGUACUGGCCUUGGAUGACUGAUUCAGAACUACAGAAAAUCUCCCGAAACCCUAAAGCUACUGUCACCCCUCUGUUUGAAAAGAUACUAUCUGCUGCUGACCUUAAACUAGCACGCCUUAUUAUACCAAAAAGAUGCGCAGAGAACUUUUUCCCGGAUAUUUCUGGCUUGCAUGGCUUACGCAUCAAAAUACAAGAUAUUGAUGGUAACGAGUGGGAGUUCCAUUACCUUGACGCUGGAAGCAGGGUUUAUGUUCUGGAGGGGCUCAGAGAUUAUAUGAUAUCGAACAAAUGUCAGUCAGGUGAUACAGUUACGUUUUAUCGAGUGGAACCAGGAGGAAAGGUGGUGAUGGGAUUAAGGAAACAACUCUAAAGGUAUGGUCUUUCCCUGUUAAAACCAGCAUUGUUCAAUGCUCCUCUAGUUUACAACUAAACAAAACGAAAUGGUCUAGUGUAAUGACAACUUUUCUAAAAUCCCACUCGUUGCUUUCUUUAUGUUUUCAUUUCUUCCCAGAAUCUAGUGUGAAUUAUCACAGCUGCAGCUGAAGAGUGUAAAUAUAUGUGUGUUCUUGGGCACCGAGGAUUGUCCAGUUGUGUCUGUGACUGUCUACGAGAAUUUUGUUUUAAAAUUUGUCAGCCUUGUCUUCGUAAUUUACAUGGUAAAUACUUCAAUUGUGUAUAUUUCCUGGUGGCUCAACUUCAGUGGAGUAUUAUGUAAACUAAUGAUAGUUGUUCCUUUUUGAAUUUGGCGUGUUGGUUUGCAAUAGUAAUCAAUUUCAAUUCUCAUUUUGGACA